UUGAAGAAAGACAGAGUCCGUGAUUACUCAUAACACUCUCUUUCUAUCUCUAUACAUAUCGACACACCAUAAAAGUUGUUCUUUCUCUCCGUCUCCUUAGCCUCUGCAUCUGGGUGAUUUUCUCUUUCUAUCUCCCUACACCUUAGGGAGAGAAAGAGAGAGAAGAGAAGAGAAGAGAAGAAGGUGGCAGUAGAUUCCUGUGGCUUUUUUGUAUAAAGAAACAUGAAAAAAUGGGUUUGACCGAAGAAACUUGAGGACGCUUUUUGUAUACAACCCCAAAUAGCAGCUUAAAGAGAAAGAAGAGAGGAUCUACUUUUAUUUCUCCUCAGAGAAACAGAAACCAUAUCUUCAAAGAAGUCUUCUUUAAUUUUUGUCGCAGGGAGAGGGAAAAGAAAGAAAAUUGAAACACUCUCAUUUUAAUGGCAUCUUCAUCAACAAACUCACCAUGCGCCGCCUGCAAAUUUCUUCGGCGAAAAUGUCAGCCGGAAUGCGUAUUCGCACCAUAUUUCCCACCGGACCAGCCACAAAAGUUCGCAAACGUUCACAAAGUGUUUGGAGCAAGCAACGUCACUAAGCUCCUUAACGAGCUUCACCCUUCACAACGUGAAGACGCAGUGAACUCUUUGGCCUAUGAAGCCGACAUGCGUCUCCGUGACCCUGUCUACGGCUGCGUUGGAGUCAUCUCUCUCCUCCAACAUCAGCUACGUCAGCUUCAGAUAGAUCUCAGCUGUGCUAAAUCAGAGCUCUCGAAGUACCAAAGCCUUGGUAUCCUAGCCGCCACUCAUCAGAGUCUAGGUAUCAACUUACUCGCCGGAGCAGCCGAUGGAACAGCUACCGCCGCCGUGAGAGACCACUACCACCACCACCAGUUUUUUCCUAGAGAACAGAUGUUUGGUGGCUUGGAUGUUCCGGCCGGUAACAACUACGACGGUGGGAUUCUGGCCAUUGGACAGAUCACUCAGUUUCAGCAGCCGAGAGCCGCCGCCGGAGAGGACGGUCGCCGUACUGUUGAUCCUUCUUGAGAAUUUAGGGUUUUGGUGGUUCAUCGUCGAUCGCUUGCUUGGUGUUAAUGAAAUUAUAAUUAAAAAAAGAAAUAUAUUUGAUGUGGAAAACCAAAAUAUUUUAAACGUCUCU